GCGGACAAAUCUCUCUCUCUCUCUCCCCCCCCCCCCCCCCUCUCUCUCUCUCUCUAGAAAUCUAGUUUUGAAAGUGCAGGUACUGAGGUUGGUGCAUGCAUCUCUACAUUCAAUAGUUUUUCCGCAUCCUUCAACCCCAUAAAAGACUCAUAAUUUCUCUCUCGGUUUCCACCAUCUGGAUCAUGCAAACACUCUUUCCAUUUUGGGUUUUCCUGUAAAUUAUUCAAACCUAUAUGAAAUUGAUUCACAACUGAGAGAAUUAACCAGAUGCCGCGUUUGUAAAGUCUGUAAAUUUUGAGACUUUUUAUUGUUGCGAUCUGAAAAAAGCCGCUCAGGGUGUGUAAUGUGUUCUUGUAAGACUCAAUUUCGAUAACCCGAAUGUCGAAAACAUCACCGUCUUUGUGGAUGAUUUUCUUGUUAUUAGUCUGUGUUUCGGCAUCUGAUAACGGGUUCUCAGGGUGUAACUGUGAGCUCGAAGGGUUCUUCGGGUACAGAAACAUAAUGGAGACACAAAGAGUUAGUGAUUUCUUAAUAGCAGUUGCUUAUUUUUCGAUCCCCGUUGAACUUCUAUACUUUGUUAGCUGCUCAAAUGUGCCUUUCAAAUGGGUACUUGUUCAAUUCAUUCUUUUCAUUGUUCUAUGUGGAAUGACGCAUUUACUCAACGGUUGGACGUACGAUGCCCACCCGUUUCAACUAAUGCUCGCACUCACCGUUUUCAAGUUCCUUACAGCGUUAGUGUCGUUUGCGACCGCUAUUACUCUAUUCACUCUCAUUCCGUUGCUUUUAAAGGUUAAAGUUAGAGAACUUAUGUUGAGAAAGAAGUUUUGGGAUCUCGGUAGAGAAAUGGGAAUGAUCAAGAAACAAAAGGAAGCCGGAUGGCACGUUCGUAUGCUCACGCAAGAGAUACGAAAGUCUCUCGAUCGCCACACGAUUCUUUACACGACUCUUGAUAAGUUAUCGGAGACUUUAGAUUUGCAAAAUUGCGCGAUUUGGAUGCCGGACGAGGAUAAAAACGUAAUGAAUCUCACCCAUCAGUUAAAAGGCGGAGAAUUGUCGACCGCUGAUCAGUUUUAUAUCCCGAUCGACGACUCCGAUGUUCAAGAAAUCAAAACAAGUGAAGAUGUGAAGUUAUUAGAACCUGAGUCAAGAUUAGCUGAGUUAAGCAGUGGUGGAUCGAGUGGAUUGAGUCAACCAGGAGCUGUGGCCGCUAUCCGUAUGCCAAUGCUUCGAGUUGCCGACUUUAAAGGUGGGACCCCCGAGAUGAUUCAAACGUGUUACGCGAUUUUAGUUUUGGUUCUUCCCAACGGAAAUGUUCGAUCUUGGACGAAUUCCGAGCUUGAAAUAGUCAAAGUAGUUGCUGACCAGGUAGCCGUUGCUCUAUCACACGCUGCGGUUUUAGAAGAAUCACGACUCAUGAGAGACAAAUUAGUGGCUCAAAACCGAGCAUUACAACAAGCUAAACAAGAUGCGUUGAGGGCAAGCCAAGCUAGAAGCGCGUUUCAAACGGUUAUGAGCAAAGGUUUAAGAAAACCGAUGCAUUCCAUCAUGGGCUUGCUUUCGGUUCUACAAGAUGAGAAUUUUAACGAUUCAAACGGUCAACAACGUGGGCUAGUUAACACAAUGGUCAAAACAAGCAAUGUUCUUUCCAUGCUAAUAAACGACGUAAUGGACGAUUAUCCUAAAGACAACGGCAAGUUUCCGCUAGAAAUGAGAUCUUUUCGGCUGCAUAACAUGAUCCGAGAAGUUGCGUAUCUUGCAAAGUGUCUAUGUGUUUAUAAAGGUUAUGACUUUGACAUCAAAGCCGAUAAGUAUUUACCUGAUAAUGUAAUGGGAAAUGAACGAAGGGUUUUACAAGUGAUCUUGCAUAUGGUCGGGAAUCUUUUGAGUCGGGGUAAUGGCGGUGGAUGCGUAACAUUAAGGAUUUUUAAGGAGAGCGGAAGCCAUGGGAGAAACGAUCAACAAUGGCGUUCCUGGAGAUCGAAUUCAAACGAUGGAUAUGUUAUCGUUAAAUUUGAAAUUGGGUUGAAUGGUGAUUUUUCUACGUUGGAACGGUCUUCGAGUGAUCGGAGAAACCCAAGAGUUGUGGCGGAGGAAAGCUUGAGCUUCAGUAUGUGCAAAAAGUUGGUUCAGAUGAUGCAAGGGAGCAUUAGGGUAGUCCCGAAUCCAUUAGGGUUUGACCAAAGCAUGUCACUUGUUCUUCGGUUCCAGCUUCGGCCUUCAAUCAUGACCGCGCUAUCCGAAACAGGCGAAUCAUCAGAUCACGACCCGCAAUCAAACUCAAUCUUUACGGGCCUUCAAGUUCUUUUCGCUGACGAAGACAAUUUAAAUCGAGUCGUAACCCGUAAGCUACUUGAAAAGCUCGGCUGUGUGGUCACGACCGUGACGUCGGGUUCCGACUGUCUCGCAGCUCUCACGCAGCCUGUAUCCGCGUACCAAGUCUUGAUUCUGGAUUUACAUAUGCCCGAUCUAGACGGGUUUGAAGUUGCAUCGCGUAUACGCAAGUUUAGAAGCCGAAACUGGCCGUUGAUCAUCGGUUUAACGUCUAGCGCUGAUGAAGAUUUGUGGGAAAGAUGCAUACAAAUUGGGAUGAAUGGAAUUAUUCAAAAACCUGUUCUUUUAAAGGGUAUAGCUGAUGAACUAAGGAGAGUAUUGAGUCAUUCACAAAAGGUCUCAUGAAGUCAAAGUCAAAGUAAAAGUCAACGUUGAAGGUUGAUUAAUAAACUAACAUGUCUAACUGCAAUAUAUGAAUAUAUGUAUAGUGUAAAGAUGGAUUUGUAAAUGAAGAUUUUGAUCUUCUGCAUGAUUUUGUUGAAUAAAUGAUUACUAGAUGA